UUGGCUCAAAAGCAGAAGUUGCUCAGUGUAAACAGAAAUUUGCCAGCUCUCCAGACCCCGCCAUCAGCCAGACCUUCAUGUUGGACAGGGCGUUCAACCCUGAGGGGAAGGCUUUGCCCCCACUGAGAGGGUUCAAGUACACCACCUGGUCCCCCAUGGGCUGCGAUGCUAAUGGCAGGUGCAUCUUGGCAGCUCUGACCCUGGACAAUCGCCUGACCAUCCAGGCUAACCUCAACAGGCUGCAGUGGGUCCAGCUGGUCGACCUGACUGAGAUUUACGGAGACCGUCUCUUUGAGACCAGUUACAGGUUCUCUAAAACCGAGGCCCCCGGAGGGAACCUGGCGGACUUUGCUGAGUUCCAGAGGAGACACAGCAUGCAGAUGCCGGUGAGGAUGGAGUGGUCGGGCAUCUGCACCACGCAGCAGGUCACGCACAACAACGAGUGCCGGGACGUGGGCAGCGUGCUCCUGGCCGUCCUCUUUGAAAACGGCAACAUCGCCGUGUGGCAGUUCCAGCUGCCUUUCGUGGGGAAGGAGUCCAUCUCUUCCUGCAACACAAUCGAGUCGGGAAUCAGCUCUCCAAGUGUCUUGUUUUGGUGGGAAUAUGAGCACAAUAAUCGGAAAAUGAGUGGCCUUAUUGUGGGGAGUGCCUUCGGACCCGUAAAAAUCCUCCCUGUCAAUCUCAAAGCCAUUAAAGGCUACUUCACGCUAAGGCAGCCCAUUGUCCUGUGGAAAGAAAUGGACCAGUUGCCCGUGCACAGCAUCAAGUGUGUCCCGCUCUAUCACCCUUACCAGAAGUGUAACUGCAGCUUGGUGGUGGCCGCCAGAGGACCCUAUGUGUUCUGGUGUCUCCUGCUGAUCUCCAAGGCAGGUCUGAAUGUUCACAAUUCCCACGUCACGGGCCUUCACUCGAUGCCCAUCGUUUCCAUGACGGCAGACAAGCAGAACGGGACCGUAUACACGUGCUCCAGCGACGGCAAGGUGAGGCAGCUGAUUCCCAUCUUCACUGAUGUCGCCUUGAAGUUUGAACACCAGCUGAUUAAGCUGUCAGAGGUGUUUGGCUCAGUGAGGACACACGGGAUAGCGGUGAGCCCCUGUGGUGCGUAUCUGGCCAUCAUUACAACUGAGGGCAUGGUCAAUGGCCUCCAUCCCGUUAACAAAAACUACCAGGUCCAGUUUGUUGCUCUCAAAACUUUUGAAGAGGCAGCUGCUCAGCUCUUGGAAUCUUCGGUUCAGAACCUCUUUAAACAGGUAGAUUUGCUAGACCUCGUGCGCUGGAAGAUUCUGAAAGAUAAAUAUAUCCCUCCGUUUUUACAAGAAGCUUUGGAAAAAAAGAUCGAAAGCAGCGGGGCCACCUACUUCUGGCGUUUCAAGCUUUUCCUCCUGAGGAUUUUGUAUCAGUCGAUGCAGAAAACCCCUUCCGAAGCCUUGUGGCAGCCCACCAAGGAGGACUCGAAAGUCUUGCUAGUCGACUCCCCUGGGAUGGGCCCCAUGGAGGACGAGCAAGAAGAAGGCACGUCCUCCAGGCAGGCGAGUAAGCAAGGCCUUCAGGAGAAGAGCAAAGAGGGGGACCCGGACGACCCCGCCGAUGACUCCCUCACCCAGGCGGGAGAUGUCGGAGGCCAUGAGCCGAUGGAGGAGAAACUGCUGGAAAUCCAGGGGAAGAUCGAAGCUGUGGAAAUGCACUUGAGCAGGGAGCACAUGAAGCGGGUCUUGGGAGAAGUGUACCUGCACACGUGGAUCACGGAGAACACCAGCGUCCCCACCAGGGGGCUCUGCGACUUCCUCAUGUCUGACGAGGAGUAUGACGACCGGACAGCGCGGGUGCUGAUCGGCCACAUCUCCAAGAAGAUGAACAAGCAGACCUUCCCUGAGCACUGCAGUCUGUGCAAGGAGAUCUUGCCUUUCACGGAUCGCAAGCAGGCGGUCUGCUCCAACGGCCACAUCUGGCUCCGGUGCUUUUUAACCUACCAGUCCUGCCAGAGCCUGAUCUACAGAAGGUGUUUGCUCCACGAUAGUAUUGCCCGCCACCCGGCUCCGGAAGACCCCGACUGGAUCAAGAGGCUGCUGCAAAGCCCCUGCCCUUUCUGCGACUCUCCUGUCUUCUGA